AUGUCAUCUGAACUUGAUAGCAUCGCAUUUCUCUUCUUGACGCUGGGCGAAGUCAAAAAUCCGCUGGCUUGGGAAGCAUGGUUCCAUAAGGCCCGCAAGGAAGUUUUCGACAUCCACGUACACGCUAAGUUCGAGGAUGAGGUGAAGCAUCCGCUGUUCAAGAACAAUCUCAUUCAAGGGAUCAAGACCAAGUGGGGCACUGUGUCCCUAGUUCAAGCACACUUGCUGCUGCUAAAUAAAGCUCUCAAGAAGGAGAGGAAUAGAUGGUUUAUCCUCCUCAGCGACAGCUGCCUCCCUCUUGUGAGCUUCGAGGUUCUCCUCAAGACUCUGAGGAAAGGGCAUCAUCAUAGCUGCUUCGACCUUCACAGUGUGAAAGCUCAGAAAGAGCAGAGGAAGAACAUCCAGCUGAUAACAUCAGACCUGUUGGUCCAUGACGACCUUUCCCCUGUACCCUGUCGCCUCGAAGUUGCCAAUGGUGACGGGAUGCAGGAUGAAGAGCUGAUCAAGGACCUUCUGCUACAUGAAGAGAUCACGGCUCACUCUCAGUGGUGUAUCCUCAACAGGAAGGACGCGGAGAUUCUCGUCCAAGGAGGAAACAUCGAGACAUGGUUUGAGGCAUACCGGAGGUUUUUGAGGCCCAACCUUGUCAAGCGCAGUUACCUGCUGGCGCCGGACGAACUUUUCAUCCUCACGUUCCUCCGCCACUUCCACAGGACGCAGGGGACGUCGUACAAGUUCAUCAACAGAAAGAGCACUUUUGCUCACUGCUGCCUUGACAUCGCCCACUGCUGCUGCUCGCUGGGGAGGGCAGCGCACCCACUCUCCUUCACGUCCCUGCAGAAAGAUCUGCUCAGUCUCGCCUUCGCGCACGACUCGCUGUUUGCCAGGAAGUUCGAAGCAGAGCAAGGGAUUCACAUCGAGCACUUCGAGGCUCUCUGGGAGAGCCGGUGGGAGUCCAAUCGCAUCCUCGACGUUGCUGAGAUCAGCUCGGCACUCGCUAACCCGGACCGGCUGACGCAGCGGCAGCAGCUCGUGAUCGCUAUGAAGUUGUCGCGCCAUGCCGGAAACUGUUCGGAGGUGGAGGUCCAGGAGGAGUGCGACAUGGUGCCAAGUCCUGCGGUGGAGGAGGGGAGGAGGAGCUCAGGGGCGGGGGAGGAGCAAGGAAAGCGCAAGAGGUCGAGAGUUUGUAGAGAGACCUGCCAAGCUGAGCCGCUGGACGCGGGAGAGAUCACUCAACGAGUGUCGAGGGAGGAGAGGAAGAUGAUGGCGACUUGGAACAUGAUCAUGCAAGCAGAGGAGCUGAGGGUGAAGAAGGAGGCGCGUAUACGGAAGAAGAUGGAGACGUCGGUAGAGCAGAGCAAGGUGAAGGAGCAGGAAGGAACCGGCACAACAGACAAGGAGGUGCAGAAGGGUGAUAGCAAGGAAACGAUUGAGGAAGAGGAAAGGACAAACUUGGGGGCAAGUGCGGUGACGCCGAAGAAGGCGGAGGGGGGGAGGAAGAACAAGGUCCUCUGCUACAACUCUCAAGACGUGGGAAAGGUCAUCAAAAUCCUCUGCGAGGACGAUGGCCUCCUGCCGGUUGAGCUGUUGGAGUACAAGAAAGAGAAGAAGUUCCUCGUUAAGUUCCUCAGCGACGGCACCUGCAUGCUCGUUGAUCUCGCACGUGUUGUCCACCGGCAGUUGAAGGUGAGACAUGCCGUUGCUGGUGGUGGUGGUGGUGGUGGUGGUGAAAAAGUGGAAGAGCCAAAGAGCCGGGAGGAAAGGAAGUUGCUUGCUACGCUCAACAGCAUGCUGAAGGCAGAGAAGAUGAGAAUAAGGAGAGAGCAGACAAGGGUCGGGAAGAAGUCGACCGGCUCGGAGGAGAAUGUGGAGGAGAAGAGAGAGGUAGGGAGAGAGGAAGCAGGGAGGGAGGAGGAAGAGCAGGGUUCGCAGGGAGAGGAAGAGAAAUCGUCCAACACAUGUUUGAAGGGCGGAGGCGAGCAAGGAAGUCCGCCGGAGCAAAGUUUGUAUGUGCUGGAAGCAGAGGGGAGAAGAGAAGUUGUGUAA